UAUAGUUUUGAUAAGUUUAAUGAGCACGUUCGUUCAAGGACUUCAUAUUGAUAAUAGUAAUAAUGUGAUGGAGUAUGAUGAGCCAGCAUUUCAAGUUUUACAGUUCCCAUUACCUUAUAACGAGUAUACACCGACACGACGAGAAAAACACAUCCAGAAAAAAGAUCUGUUAGAACCAGUUGCGAAUGACUUGAGUAUCGUUCCUGUGAUUUCUAACGUUCUCCGACUCUUUAAAGAUGGCAUCAAUUUCUUACUGCCAAACAUACCCAUUGUAUUAUUUGGGACAGUUGCAGCAUUUGGUGCUUGUGCACUGACUCCAAUAUGCAAUACGCGAAUUUUGGAUAUGCUACCGACGGCAGAUGAUCUUCAGAACAUAUACAGAAACCCAGAACGAUUGACUAGGGCUGCUGAGUUCGUGGAAACUGCUAUAAAAAAAUUUCAGGAUUUGAACAAAUAAUUACCUACAGGAUAACGCAGAAUACUACGACUUUAAUACAUAACUCAGUAUAAUCAUGUUUUUAUUGCGAUUUUUACCAACUGAAAUAAUCGAUAAGAAAUACUCUCCGAUGUAUUUUUUUUGUUUCCAACAGUAUUAACCUAUAACCUAAAACCUACCUUCAAAGAAUUUGAAUUAUAUUCUGCGUAAUUAGUUGUUUUCUUAACGAACAAAGUAAUAUUUAGUUUCAUACAUGAUAUCAUAUCGAGUUAUUUUUGUUAUAAUGACUCAGUAUUGUGGUUAGUAGAAUGUGACUAAUGGCAUGCAAUAAUUUGUCUUUUCUUCAUUUUAAAAGGAUUAUCGGUAUUAUACGGUGUACCGUAGUGCUCAUUUCUUAGCACAUAGUUAAUUUAAACGUCAGUAAUAUGCUUUUAAAAAGUGAAAGAACAAAGAUUAAACAAUUAUAAAUCCACGUCACACGAGACAUCCGCUCUCCAAGGAGCACGCUUCAUUCGAUUACUGAGACUUAGGUCAUUGAAAUAAAACGGCCAAUGUGUCAUUGCCUUAUCUUGUAGCAGAGCUGUUUUUAGUGAAUUCCGACAGAUGCAUUUUCGCACUCACUCGGUAUCGGACGGUUAUCACACGCGUCAGAAUCCACCAAAGUAAUUGUUAUCAAGAUAUCAGAACAGUGUUAAUUGGGUGACCCAUGCGAUCGGUUGCAUUUUAAAUAUGGGAAAUUCUAAGAGUAAGAAAAUGAAAAUUUCUACCGACACGACUGUCGAAGAAUCUCACGAACGUAUCAAUACUAUAAAGACGGAAUCUCUGGAUAGCGCGAACAAAAAUAAUGAAGUGGAAAUCGCCUCAGAGCAAAUUGAGGAGAAAAAUAAUGAUAAUGCAAGCAGUGCCUCGACAGUGGAAGUGUUAGACGAUAAGUGAUUUUAUCAGCUGAUUUUAUACCUGUGUCAUAUUUGUUUUAUGUGUUUUAAAUUAAAAAAAAAUAUUUGAUU